AAACGUCAUAAAAAAUUUGUAUAAAUGAGUUUCUUGUAGAUAUUUUUCCUCUAAAGCUAUAGCUGAAAUAGAACUGGCUAAAUGGAAUCUUUUAAUAUCACAAAUGUAUGUGCAUCUGAUGCUAUGAGCAUAGAAUCUCUUAUGGGUUCAAAUGGCUCUAAAACAAAUGACGCAGAAGAAUCUUCGAAGACACUUAGUGACAAACAAUUAAAAUUACAAAAGAUGCUUAAUUCUGAUUUUAAUCCAGUUUACCUCCAAUUUGACAAUACGACUUCCAAAUCAAGAAGCAGGUAUGGGAGAGCGCAGACAAGUCUCAAUCAGAGCUCUGAUACAUCAAUGGAAAAAGUGGAAAUGAAAUCAGAUCCUAUCAAAUCUGCAGAUGAAUUUGAAAUUGAACCUGUUAAUGAGAAUUUAAAGUCAUUUGAAAUUAUGGACAAGCUAUUUCAUGAAAAUAGAAAACAUGCUCUUUUAUCGAGAUCUAAACUAAUUACCAAGUAUCGCGAUAUAGUUUUUAAAAAUACAAGCUAUUCUCCUAUUUUGUUGGAGAAUACAAGCUUCUACAAUUAUGAAAAGUCUCUUAAUAAGACAAUUCCUGACUUGACAAAUAACGAAAUGGAUGACAUAGAAAAUAGAGAAAUUACCACAUUUAAAAAGAACAGAAGAAAGUCUUAUUCUGCACCAACCCGAAUUUCUUAUGAUAAGUUACACGAACCCCUAAUGCAUCGUGAUAAAACAGAUGGGUUGAUGAUAUCAAAUAACUUGACACCGUAUAAUAUUUUUAAGGAGGAAAUUAUAGCCAAUCAACUAGGUAGCAAUAUUUCAAAUCCUCUGAUCUCUUCUUUAAUUGUAAAUGAGCCUUUCUAUUCUGUAGUUGAUGAUGAAUGGUCUGAAGGUGACAUUUGUUGGGGAAGAAUCGGAAGUUAUCCGUUCUGGCCUUGUUUAAUUUGUGAUGAUCCUGCAACAGGCUCAUUUUUAAAAUUAUCAGAACCAAAAGGCGGGCGAAAUGCUUCUCAAUCUAAAUACUAUCAUGUUCGGUUUUUUGCUGACAAUGGGCGAAGAAGUGAAUUGAAGGCGCACUGCUUAUUUGCAUUCACAAGUCUGGAAGAUUUUAAAAAACAAGCAGAUGCAAUAACUCCAGAAUUGCGACGUAAAAGUCCCAAACAUUGCAGUGCCUUUAUAGUUCCACCUUCGAGAUAUGUUAGCUGGAAGAAUGCCAUUGAGGAGGCCACUGUUGUAAUGAAAAGGCCAAAAAUAUACAGGCUAGACUAUUUUAACAGUACUUCUCUUGGUAAAAUACCAUAUUCCAAUAAGUCAAAUACUAUAAAAAGUCUUAAGACAAAUCCAACUGGUAAAACCACUGUUGCACGAGGUGGAAAUGGAAGCUCAGAUGAUUUUGACAAGUUGUUUGAUAGUAUCAAAAACAAUAGUUCCUUAAAUUCUAACACACUCAAAAAGAAGCAUCCUGGAAAGAGAAAAUCCUCAGAAAUUCCAAAGAAAAGAAGAAAAUUAAUGAAAAAAGCAAAUAACUCUGAUGCAAAAUCUAAUCAGGAAAUGAGUUGUGAUGAAUCAAGGAGUAGUGAUAAAAGAACUAAGGUUCAGGAUAAUGUAUCUGAUAAUGUAUUAAGCUCAUCGGUUAGUAUUGAUUCCAGUAUUACUUUAAAGGAAGAUGAUUUGCUUAACACCAAAGAAGUAUGUUUGACCAACUUUACGUCUCCAGAAAACACAUUGAAUAAAAAUGACAUGAAAAGUGGCCCUACUCUUGACUCCAGAGAAUUUCCGGAACAAAUUGAAAUUUCAACAAGGUCCCAAAUUGUUGAAGUUGGUUCUAUGGAUAAUGACGUUAUUGCAGACAUGCAAGGCCCACAAACAACCAAUACAGGAGAUAUACUAAGUCAAGAUCAAGAAAUAUUACCCAUUGUAGAUGGAUUACAUGAAAAGUUUGAUCAAGUUCAAACCCCAAGUUUUACAUUCGAUGUUUCAGAAAAAGUAGAUCAGUCUAGCACUAAUUCUGCUAAAACUUUGAUAUUGAAUAAAAACAAACGGCUUUCAGGAAGUGAUAUUGGAACUCAUGAAUCCCCCAAUAGUACGAGCACACCGAAGAUAAGACGUACAUCAGAGCGACAUAAAAAAUUGAAUGAUUCUAAAUUGACACAAGAAUUACUACAGAAAGCUGAUAAAGAAAAAUCUUCCUCAGAUUAUGACAUGACCAAUGGCAUUAUCAAACUUGAUAACAAAAAUAGAUCUGUACAAUUAGAAUGUGACAUUGCAGAAGCUCCAAAAGAUAAUGUAGCAGUUGCCCACAGUUCAAAAUCAAAACUUGAAGAUGGGUUGAUUAAACCUUCCAACACAGGAGUAAUAGACGAAAAGAUUGACAUAGGAGAUAAACAAUUAGUUCGCACAAACUCUAGAAAGAGUUCAAAAGAGGCAUUGGACCUUACAAUUGAUAAUAGAAAUAGAACCUCUGGAAAUUUUAGUGAUUGCACAUCUGAAUGUGAAGUUAAAAAGAUAAGUUCUAAGAAAUAUAAGACUGGUUUAUUUCAAGGUUUGUGUCGGGAAAAAGUUUGCACGAUUUGUGAAAAGCCGGGUGGAUUAUCAAAAUGCAAAGGACCUUGCAGCAAUUAUUACCACUAUCAUUGCGCUUUUCCUGAUGAAUUACCCAUUGAGGAAAAGACUACUGUUGACAAAGAUUUGUUUGAAAAGCAUGCCUCAUCCCAAAUGCAAGAAAUGAUGAACUCAACUAUCAAGUCUGAUAUGUCUGAGUCUAGCUCAGAUGAUGACUCCGAUGAUGGUGAAGUAGGUUGUAAGAUCAAACAAGUUGGCAAAAUAAAAUUUAGCUCAAGAUUUACUGUCAAUAGGGUUAGUGUAUUCAAAUGCCACAAUUGCACACUGAAACGUAAACCAAAAUGCUUUGUAUGCAAUAAGGAAAGCUAUGGAAGUGAAAAAAAGACGGAACGCUUCAAAUGUUGCAUUAAUCAGUGUGGAAAUUUUUUUCAUGAUGAAUGUUUAAAAGCUUUUCCACAAACAAAGAUGUUUGGUGCAUCAUCUUCAAGAAAAGGUGCCAAGAAAGUAUCUGAUCGUUUUGAAUGUGCACAUCAUGUUUGUCACACAUGUGUAUCAGAUAAUCCUAAAGGCAACAAAUCUAGAUUUUUGAGUGAGAAACUAUCUAAGUGCGUCCGAUGUCCAACUGCCUAUCACACAGACAUUAAUUGCAUACCAGCUGGUACUAUAUUGUUGACUUCGUCACAGAUAAUCUGUACAAAACAUUUUGACAUCAGCAAGAAAUCUAGAGCAGGCUUAGUUCAGCAUAUAAAUGUAAUUUGGUGUUUCAUUUGUGCUAUUGGAGGAAGUCUUAUUUGUUGUGAAAUGUGUCCUACAUCUUUUCAUGUUGAGUGCUUAGGUAUUCCUCAACCAGAAGGUAAAUACAUAUGUGAAGAUUGUGAAGCUGGGCGCUUUCCCUUAUAUAAUGAAAUAGUGUGGUGCAAAAUGGCCACAUUUAGAUGGUGGCCAGCCAGAAUUUUACCGCCAUAUGAAAUUCCACCAAAAGUAUACAAAGUAUCACAUGAACCAGGCAAUUUUUGUGUAAGGUUUUAUGGUUCACUUGAUCAUCAUUGGACGACAAGAGGAAAAGUCUUUCUAUUUUGCGAAGGCGAUACAGCUUAUACCAAAUCCACUAAAAAUAACCUCGAUGGAGUAUUUGUUACAGCUGUUAAAGAUGCUAAUGUAGUGUAUAAUGAAUUUAGAGGUGCACGAGCAUUACAUGCGGCUAAACUUGAAGGCGAUCUCAAACCUCCCUACUACAUUAAGAUUAAAUCAAACAGAUUUGCAGGUAAUGCUAAAUCUCAAGAAGUGGAUCAGUCACUCACAACUCCCUGCGAAUGUGAUCCUAAUUCGCUAAACCCAUGUGGACCAAAUAGUUUGUGCUUGAACCGUAUGCUUCUUUAUGAAUGUAAUCCAUCAGUUUGCCCAGCUAGAGAGAAGUGUUGUAACCAAGAUUUUGAAAAAAGGGAAUACCCACCAUUGACGCCUUUUGUAACUAAGGGUAAAGGAUGGGGCCUCAAAACAUUGAAAGCAUUGAAACCAGGUCAAUUCAUUAUAGAAUAUGUUGGCGACGUUAUAGAUAAUAUAGAAUUUAAUCGAAGAUUAGAAAUUAAACAUAAGGCACGGGAUGAAAACUUUUAUUUCUUAGUGCUAGAUAAAGAUAGAAUUAUAGAUGCUGGGCCAAAAGGAAAUGUUUCUCGAUUUAUGAAUCAUUCGUGCGAUCCUAAUUGUGAAACACAGAAAUGGACUGUUAACGGUGAUACAAGAGUUGGACUCUUUGCCAUUAAAGACAUAGAAGCAGAUACAGAGCUGACCUUCAAUUAUAACUUAGAGUCCACUGGUGGUGAUAAGAAAAAGUGCUAUUGUGGAGCAGCUAAAUGCGCUGGUUUCAUUGGGGCCAAAAAAAAUUCAAAAAAUAACAAGAAAAAGUCAUAAUUGAAAUUUUUAUAAUUACUUAUCCCACCCAUGUGUUCAAUCAGCACAAUUAAUGAUUUUUAAAUG